AUGCAGACGAACGAAGAGAAGAACCUCCUCUUGGCGGGCGAGCUGCUCUUGGGCCGUUGGAAGGUGCUCGAGAAGAUUGGCGAAGGCACGUUUAGCCAGAUCUUUACGGCCUUUGACAUCACCAACACGGCGCUCAAGGUCGCAGUCAAGGUUGAAGCGCCGAGCGAGAUGAAGCCCGUGCUCGAAUGGGAGAGCCAAGUGCUCGUUGCACUCCAGAAGCGCAGCCCCUAUGUGUGCAAGUAUUACCACCACGGCAAGCACGGCGACAACUUUAUCUUGAUCAUGGAGCUUCUUGGCGACAACAUGUCCAAGCUACGUGGCGCGCCCGACGCGGCCCACGGCGUCCCGCUCUCCAAGGCUGUCGCUGCCGGUAUCCAAAUGCUCGACUGCCUCGAGUCCUUCCACAAUGCAGGGUUCCUCCACCGCGACAUCAAGGCGUCCAACUUUGCACUCUCAAACGGCGCUGCGGCCAGCAAAAAGUACUUUGUCAUCGACUUUGGCCUCUCCAAGCAGCAUUUGACGCCGGACGGGGAUGUCAUUGCGGCGCGCGAGAAGGCCGAGUUCCGCGGCACGUCCAUGUACGCGUCCCUCCGCGCGCACCGGCGCGAGGAGCUCGGGCGGCGCGACGACCUCAUUUCAUGGUUCUACCUCGUGCUCGACCUCAUUCGCGGCGAACUGCCGUGGGCCUACGAUGCGCAAAAGAAGAACCGCGAAGUGGUCGUCGAGCUCAAAGAGUUCUACUCGGAGAUGCACCCCGAGAAGCUCGUGGAGAGUCUGCCCGGGGCCCGCCACCUGCUCAAGAUUGCCACGUACCUGGAAACCGAGCUCGCGUACGGCGACGCGCCCAACUACAGCCUUCUCCGCAAGAGCCUCAAGGCCGUCGAAGACAAGGACGACGAGCAAGUGCUCUUGGAAGAGUGGGACGCGAUGCAGUCGACGGAAUCGCGUGCGGCCGCGUGGACCGAGCGCCACCAACUCGAACAGCUCACGGACGAGACACUGCUCAAGGUCGCCAAGCACUAUGGGUCCUUCUUUGAUCUGAGCGACACGGACGCGCUCUUUGCGCUCCAAAAGCAUAUUUGGACGGUCGAACGCCGGGUCGCCAAAGCCGCGCUGGCCUUCCAGACCUUUAGCGAGCGCCGGCUGCGGGAGCAGAAGCGGCGCCACGAAGCCAUGCUCAAGCGACGCGACUCGGACAUGCGUGUGCGCGAGUCCAUGGGCGCUGCGCAGCGCUUGAAGGCCCAGCACGACGCGGCGCGCGAGGCAGCGCGGGAGGCGGCCCGGGCCGCCAGAGACAGUCCUCGGCCGGCGCGCGACGAGGCACCGGGCACGACACCGGCGGCGACAACGCCCGCAUUCGCCACGGUACCGACGAUCGUGCACGUCGCCGACAAGCCCACAGACGAGGAAGGUCCGCGCCGGAAACGCUCGCGAUGGGACGCUUAG